AUGUUUGACUCGCACCGCGCGGCGCGCCUAGCUCCCGUCCCUAAAAGACGCCGAUGGCAUCCUUUCCUCUGGUCCAACAGAAGAACAAGCACAUUCUUGCGCACGGACACGGACUCCAAUAGGAACUUCUUUUUAAAGAACAUUCGAGAAGGGAUUCUGAGUGAUUGGCGAGGCGACGAGCCUCGAUGCGUGUAG